UGCUCUCAGUUCGAACCGAGCAUCCUUGGAAACCGGCGGUUCGAUUUUAGACUUCGACUUCUCUCUCGUGACUCACGCUCCAUGUCUCACUUCUCCUUCUCAUUCUUCACCUUCUUCUCCUUCUCCUCCUCUUUCUCCUCUUCCUUCUCCGUCUCUUGCUCUUCUUCCUCUUCGUUCUCCUCUUCUUCUUCUUCUUCUCCUACCUCAUCGCCGCUGCACGUGUCUUCGAGGAAAGCGUGAAAUCGCAACCGUGAAGCAUCCACGGAGAGGUUCAGCGUCACGUGACGUAAAUAUCUCCUCGCUUGUGUCCGAGAACAGCGCGACCACGUGGAGCAGAUCCUUACCGAUCCUCUCGGCAGUCGGACACCGACCGGCAGUGCGCGACAAGGCGGAACGUUCCCGGCCGCUUUGUGGGCUUAAGCAAAAUCGGUACAUAGUAUUUCGGCAAGUGGAACGAGGACCACCGGGUUUUCCUCUUCCUUGUGAGGUGCGGCCACUGUGUCCCGAGGGAUUUUUGCCACCGGCUCUCGCGAAGAUCGACCGUCCGAGAAGAUCGGAAAAGAACCGGCUAAUCCGUCAUUGAAUGCCAACUCACGUUGGUCCCUACGGCGCCGCUCGUUACCCGGGCACCCUGCUAGGAGCUGUCCCGGGUUUUUACAACCCGGUUUCCGGCUACUCUACCAGCCCAGGCUCGAGCUACUACGGGAGCAUCAGCAUCCAGCACCAACAGCAGCUGGACCUUCCGGUUUGGCCGCGAAGGAUGCCGGCCGAGGAAGAACUGGGAAACUCCUCUCCGUCCGCCGGACUCACCGGAUUGGGGGUAUCUCCUGGCGCUCUCGGCAACGGCGGCCCACCGAGCCCGGCGCACAGCGACUCCGACGCGUCCAGCUCCAGUCUGGAGCUGGGUUCCAUCAGGGGAGCCGAGAACACUCAAUUGAAAUGCAGAUGGCAAAAUUGCGACAAGAGGUUUGCGUCCCUGGAACAACUCGCGGGUCAUGUCGCAAGGUUGCACGCAGCACCGGGUGCGCGAGGUCUCUUCUAUUGCGGAUGGGAAGGAUGCCCGAGGGGCGAACGUGGCUUUAAUGCGAGGUACAAGAUGCUGGUCCACGUGCGUACGCAUACGAACGAGAAGCCGCACCACUGCUUCCAGUGCGACAAGAGCUUCAGCCGAGCGGAGAACCUGAAGAUCCAUGCGCGCUCGCAUACCGGCGAGCGUCCGUACGUCUGCCCGGUCGAAGGCUGCAACAAGGCUUACUCGAACUCCUCAGACAGGUUCAAGCACACCCGUACACAUUCAGUGGACAAGCCGUACUGCUGCAAGGUGCCGGGCUGUCCGAAGAGGUACACCGACCCGUCGUCCCUGAGGAAGCACGUCAAGACAUACCGCCACUACGUGAACAACAACGACAAGGUGCAGGAGAAGAGCUUCGACGAUGGAAACCCGGAGAAGACGCCCACGAGGUACGACGCAAACUCACCGGACAAACAGAGCAGCAGCGUGCACUCCGAGUCGGACUCGAAGAAGGACUCAAGCAUCGAGAGCAACACCUCGGUCUCCAGCCCGAAGGCCAGCAACAGCUUCGAGGAGCAGCGCAGCUUCGUCGAGUGGAACAACAUGUACAAUCUUCAGGAGCAGCGGAAAGAACAGCAAGAGCAGCCGGUGAUCAGCCCGCCGAAACCGUACGAGAGAGACGUGAAGAUCUACCAGACGAUGUAUGAUGACAACUACAUCAUACCCGACAGGAUCCAAGUGAAUCCCAUGUACGCCUCCGCCGGCAACAUCAUCAAGGACUGCUCCACGGUGUCGUCGCCACACGCCAGUCCUGGUCGCGUGUCCGACACGAUGCCGCGCAUCGGCAUGCAGUCAACGCCUAUCAAGACCGAGGAACCGAUGGACUGCGGCACCAAGACCACCAGCAGCGGUGCCAACACCACAACCAACACCAGCAGCACGACGGUCGAUUACAGGAAUAUCGAGUCGAUCGUCAACAGCACGCCUUGCAAGAAAGAGACCGCGAUUAGCUGCGACCCGGUGAGGCAUACGGUGAUCAAGCACGCGGAGGACGUGAAGAUGGAGGUGCAGAUGGAGCAUACGCCGCUCAAGGAGGAGUACAAGGGCAGCGACUGCUGCUGCCGGCACAAGUGCUGCGUGCAUAGCAACGACGGUAUCCUCGAGAAAUCGAAGCUGUUGUCCGAUUUCAUCCUAAAAACGCAAGACCCGCUCUUCCGACACCUGCUCAGCUCAAUGGACCUGCAAUACGGGCUGCGGAAUAUGUGGUGCAACAUGGCCGACACCGCCAACACCUGCGGUCUCAGGGUGAAGAACGAAGGCGUCACCGAGAUGGAGCAGGACCUGCCGUUAGACUUGACGGUCAACAAAUAAGAAACCAAUUGAUUUUCGAAAUCAGCUCCUGGAAAACCAAAAAGGACAAAAAAUAACUCUAUAUACUCGUCGGUAUGGCUUAUCUUUUCUAAUAAAGGUCGUCGUUCUAAAACAGGCUGGGCCGGCGCAGAGGAGACUUGAAUUUCGUCGAAUCGACGAAAGCGACAAUUUCACGAAAUCGGCAAAAAACCAUCGACGUCGACAAACUAAUCGAGGUGGUCGCUCAGAUCAGACUGCGAAACCAAAUAUAUUUUAAUACUCUGUAAUGAUAUGGCGAGAUGCAGUCGGAAAUCGAACAAUAGGUUGCUCAAUCCGCUUUAAUAUUUAGCCGGACCAAACAAAUAUCGCACCAAUCGAACUGUUAAUCAGAGACAAUUGGAAAAAGUUAGUUCGGUGGGCGCGAUUCACUGUCAUUCGCGGUGCCUUAAUCGACACGCUCCCGCGAAGGUAACGUUCCUGAUUUCAUUUUAGCAACUGGUGUUGCUGUAAAUACUUGACACUAAUACGGCAGCGGAACUCUAACCGGGAACGUUUGUCACACAGCUGUAAAUAUAUUUAAAAGUUAAUGACAAAUUUCGGUAUAAUUGGUUUUUGCAUCCUAAUUAGUCUGUUACGUUAGAAUUGAUUUAUAAGACAGAGAGUUAUGUUUUCUUUUUAUAAUAUAAUAUCCCAAUGUUCAACGUGAUCUUCUCAGAUACAUCGUAAUGUUUUAUGUAAAACAAAGGUAUGUACAAUAUAUGUAUAUAGAAGUUUAUAUAUUAUAUAUAUGUGUAUAUGUGUACGUAAAGAGUCAGUUAUGGAAUGCAGAGACGUGAGGAAGGCGUAAAGUGCCCAUCUUCGUUAAGCAGGACGUGUUUAACGAUGUAAACCAUACACUUCCAUAACAAAUAUAUUAUUUAUAUAAAUAUCGUUUACACCUUUUCCACGCGACAAAUAAUUCGUUGAUUGAUCGUAAGUGUAUUUAACAUAACAUUUUGUUGAUGACUCGUUCAUUCGUACUAUGACUACGCGUUCCUCCUUAGAAACAGUGGUGCCUCGUAGCGGAGAGUUUGGAACUAACAGAGCCGCAAAUAAAAGGUUUGAGUAUAACGGGUCUAAGGCCGGUCAUAGUCCGAUCUUAUAUUUAAGAUUGUCUUAAGUAUCUUAAGAUGUCAAUCAUAGAGCCGUAUUCACAUCCUAAGACAUUACUUAAGACAGUCUUGAAAUAUUAUUCGACUAUGAAUAUCGACCUAAGUCGCAGCAGUAGCGCAACUAGAAAUUUUGACGUUAGUGUUGGCCAAAACGGAGUAAAUUUACAAAAUAAGGUAGUACCCUAUUUUAUUUAUUUAUAAAAUAGUUCUUUACUUCGUAGAGAAGAAAAUGAUUUAAAAAACAUUGUAAUUAUAGGAUAGAUAGUAAAAAGCAAAGAUGUUUUCUGAAAUUCCCUUAUAUCUCUUUUCUUUUCUUGUCUCUCUGACUUAUUAGGGUAAUAUAUUUAAUAUAAUAAUCGAAUAAAACGUAAUAUUCUUUUAACCAUUUAUUAUAAAAAAAACCUUAUUCUAAUGUCUUUUCUUAUUUUCUUCUAUGACUCCUUUAUUUAGUGUUUUGGCCAACAAAAAUUCAAGAAAGUGAUAUUACACACACACACACACAUCACUCUACAUAAUAUAAACUCUAACGGAUCGUUUAGAUUUUGCUCUGAUUCUGUUCAGCUCGAGUAAAGCGGGAUUGAACAUCUUUACACGCUAAGUCCGAUAGAUUCUUACUUUCAAAUAGUACGACUUGACGACAGGUUACAUAAGUUUUUUAUUUUACAGUAGCACAACUAAACUAAAUUACAUGAAUUUUAUAAACGCGUUCAUUUUCCAAUAUACGUUAUAGAACUCAUUGUAAAUUAUACUACUGGAAAAUAAAAAGCUAUGCAGCACAAA